UUAAGGUCUUGCCGGGCUUCCUUCCUAGCCAGAGUCAUCUGUGGUGGGGAGGCCUUCCCGGCCCCCGAUCCUGGCCGGUCAUGGGGAGCACCCUGGGCUGCCACCGCUCCAUUCCCCGGGACCCCUCGGACCUGUCCCACAGUCGCAAGUUCAGCGCAGCCUGCAACUUCAGCAACAUCCUGGUGAACCAGGAGCGGCUGAACAUCAACACGGCCACGGAGGAGGAGCUGAUGACCCUGCCUGGGGUCACGCGCGCCGUGGCGCGCAGCAUCGUGGAGUACCGCGAGUACAUCGGUGGCUUCAAGAAGGUGGAGGACCUGGCGCUGGUCAGCGGCGUGGGCGCCACCAAGCUAGAGCAGGUCAAGUUCGAGAUCUGCGUGAGCAGCAAGGGCAGCUCCGCGCAGCACUCUCCCAGCUCCGCGCGGCGGGACCUGCUGGCCGACCCGCAGCCUCACCACCUGGCCACCGCCGUGCCCCUCACCCCGCGUGUCAACAUCAACACGGCCACGCCGGCCCAGCUCAUGAGCGUCCGCGGCCUCACGGAGAAGAUGGCGGCCAGCAUCGUGGACUACCGCCGGGAGCACGGGCCCUUCCGCAGCGUCGAGGACCUGGUGAAGACGGGCGGCAUCAACGCCGCCUUCCUGGACAGGAUACGGCACCAGGUGUUUGCCGAGCGGUCCAGGCCCCCGUCCACGCACACCAAUGGGGGCCUGACCUUCACCGCCAAGCCUCACCCCAGCCCCACCUCGCUGAGCCUGCAGAGUGAGGACCUGGACCUGCCGCCAGGGGGGCCCACCCAGAUCAUCUCCACUCGGCCUUCCGUGGAGGCUUUCGGGGGCACGCGGGAUGGGCGGCCUGUGCUGCGGCUGGCCACCUGGAACUUGCAGGGCUGUUCCAUGGAGAAGGCCAACAACCCCGGGGUGCGAGAGGUGGUGUGCAUGACGCUCCUGGAAAACAGCAUCAAGCUUCUCGCUGUGCAAGAACUCCUCGACAGAGAGGCCCUGGAAAAGUUCUGCGCGGAGCUCAACCAGCCGGUCCUGCCCAACAUCCGCAGGUGGAAGGGGGCCCGGGGGUGCUGGAAGGCCAUCGUCGCCGACACGCCCGCGACUCAGCUCCAGAAGGGCGCCGGCUUCUCGGGAUUCCUGUGGGACACCUCGGCCGGGGUGGAGCUGAGAGACGCCGCCUCGCAGGAGAGCUCGCCAGGCAACGGGCACGGGAGGCCCUCGGGCCCCAGCCCGUACCUCGCGCGGUUCAAGGUGGGAAGUAAUGACCUGACUCUCGUGAACCUUCACCUGGCAACCCCGAUCCCCCCGGGGGGUGAGAAUCCAAGCAAGAACCACAGCGACAGCCACCGCACCGUCAGCUUCGCCCAGACCUUGCAGGAAACCCUGAAAGGAGAAAGGGACGUGAUUGUCUUAGGGGACUUUGGCCAAGGCCCAGACAGCAGCGACCACGACAUCCUGAGGAAAGAAAGAUUCCACCCCCUGGUCCCCGCGCACACCUUCACCAACAUCAGCACCAGGAACCCGCAAGGCUCCAGGUCUCUGGACAACGUCUGGAUCAGCAAAAGCUUAAAGAAGGUCUUCACAGGUCACUGUGCUGUCGUGAGGGAAGGUCUCACGAACCCAUGGAUUCCCGACAACUGGUCCUGGGGCGGAGUGGCGUCUGAACACUGUCCCGUGCUGGCCGAGUUCUACGUGGAAAGGGACGGGACCAAGAGGGACGGCCCUCGGAGUGGCAGCGGGGUCACCCUGGAGCGGAGUGAAGCCAACAUUAAGCACGAGCGAUGA